CCGGCCCCACAACGAUUAGAUUUUUUGCUUGGAUGUCGUUGCCCAAAAGGAUCAAUGCCAAGGUCAUUGUGGCGGGUCCGGCAGCCACCGGCAAGACCUGCUUGAUUGAAAGAUUCGUGAACAACGUCUUCGCUGCGGACGACGCCACCCACGGACCAACUUUGGGCUGCGACUGUUUGCAGAAGGCCGUCUUUAUCGACGACACUGAGGUGCACCUGUUCCUAUACGACACUGCAGGGCAAGAGCGAUUUGCAGAUAUGGCCGCCAGCUACUACCGCGUGGGGGAGGUGUGCUUGCUUUGCUUCGAUAUGUCUGAUGUGUCAACCUUUGACCGGACGCAGUUCUGGAAGAAGAAGGUUUCUGACCACAACCCGAAGUGCUUGUUCAUCUUGGUUGGCACCAAAGAGGAUCUGCUCUCAGAGGAGCAAAAGGCUUCAUUGGAACCUAUCUCUCGGUGGGCUGAGGAGGAAGGGAUUCCAUACUUCCCCACCAGCGCCCUGAGGGGUGGCGAGCACAUCAGGUUUCUUUUCCAUGUGGUCGCAGAGAAAUGCAUCAGGUUGAAGCGGGAGAAGCAGUUGUCCGACUCGGCGGGACUGAAACUGCAGAGCUCCAUCGGCCAGCCCAAGGCUGGUUGCUGCCAGUGAGCUGCACCAAGUUUGGGAACAUUCUUCAUCGCCAGGAAAA